UCGGGGCCCGCGGGGCCGGGGUCAGGCCAGUUAAGAGAAGAGACACCAUCCCACCCUCCCCGGGCCGCCAUGGCUCCUGGCGCGGGGCUCCCUGCGCGGCCUCUCGGGGGGCUGCCCCGCGCCACAAUGAGAAGAGCUCGUGGCAGUCGCUCCAACACCUCAAUCCAUUCCGGAGAGAAACAUUCCGCCUGUGUUCAGGACAUCGCUGCAUAUCACAAGGCUGCCCCGAAGGACCUGGCUCCAGAACCGGACUGUUUAAAUGACAAUACCAUUGAAUUGCAUGGAAAAGGAACGAAGAAGAUACAGAAGCUCAAGCGACUAUCUGGAUUGAACACUUUGGAUUUCUCGUGUAAUUUCAUAGAAGAAAUUGAGAGUUUAGAGAAUAAUUGUGGAAUUACAGAGCUCAAACUCUAUGAUAACAAGAUCAGGGAAAUCAAGAAUCUAGACAGGUUGCAAGAGCUCCAAAACCUCCAGUUGCAGUAUAAUUGCAUCUCACGACUGCGAAAGGGUCUGCUUAAACUCCGAAAUCUGCAGCGAUUGCGACUGGACUGUAACCAGCUGGUCCGUGUGGAACCGCGGGAAUUUUCAGGGCUCUCCAAACUGACUUAUCUGGAUAUCAGCCACAACCAGCUGACAGACAUCGCUGCAGUGAAUGAGUUGCCGUGCCUGGAGGAGCUGAUGGCAUCUCACAACAAGCUGUCCGGGGCUGUUGAUCUCAGUCGAUGUGAAAAGUUACAGGAACUGGAUUUGUCCAAUAACAGGAUAUCUGAGAUAUACGGUCUGCCGUUAUUAACAAGCUUAACUACUGUUAACCUCUCGGAAAAUGUUUUCAGCAGCACAGAAAGCCUUGGCUCUCUUUGUUCCUUGCAGGAGUUGAACUUUGGCUGCAAUCAACUGGUGUCAGUUUGUAGCUUUGCUGAGCAGUUUCCUGUCCUGGAGGUCCUCAGUUUAGUCAGUAACUCUAUUCAUUCCUGGGAGGAGCUGAAAUCUCUGGCUCGGUGCUGCCACCUAGUGGAAGUGAAUCUGGCGGGCAACCCGACUUGCGCUUCGGAGGAAGAACAAACCAGGAAAGUCAUGGAGUUGUCUCGCCUUAUGCCUCAGCUGGAGAGUUUGGAUGGGGUUAUCGUUAACCAAUCAAAUAGAGAAAAGCAAGAAACUCCGAUUACUUACAAAGCGGCACUGGAUCCUGAUGCGUGUGAGACAACCCAUCAAAUAGCAAGCCACAUUGCCAACUACGAGUCUCAAAUGGAGGAGCUGUGUCAGUCACUGUCUGAAAGGUUCAGUCAAGUGAGAAAACUGGUGAAGUCUCUACCCAAACAGUCUCCUCCCAAACCUUCAGGUUCAACAGAAUCAGCUGGAUCUCCCUUGGUGUCGAGCAGUGGAGCCCGGGCACAAUCAAACUGCAGCAGUCGUUCACGCAUUCAAGACGCAAGAGAAUUUGCUGCCCACUACGUUGACAGUUAAUGUCGCCACAUUCAACAGGUUCUUACUUGCAUCUAUCAGGUUAAAGACAAGACAAACGGGAGGAAUUGACUUUCGCCUGAGAUGAAAAGAAGUA